UGUGACGAGCACAAGCAGCCAGUGGACGUGGAUGCUCUCUUUGGUUGGCCGCAUUUCUCCACUAGCACCAUGGGAGAGCUUCAUUAGUGCUCAGCCACAUCGUACCUCUCGUGUGUCCUGCUUCUUACCAUUGGAGCCGAUGAAUUUCAAAGCGUCGUUUGAGAGGACACAAGCAGCACGCCCAAGCGUCGGAGCAACGAUGCCGAGCGGCUAAAGUCUCCUCAUUUAACAACAACAAUAAUAACAACAACAAAAAGAGGCAAACUAUGCCAGCAGCACCAGAGUCACUCCCCCUGGUGACUUGCCAGCUGAUUCUGCCCCCAACUAGCGUCGCCGUCCACACUGGCAGAUCCAUGCCACUGGAUGCCCCUGACAGAGGCACACCCGCACCAUGAGCGCCAACGGGCCUACCCCGGACACAGCCCCAACAGCCCCAGAAGCCCCUCCGACCUCCACACCUGCCCCGGCCCUGGCUCCGGCACCCGCUCCGACCCCAGUCCCCGCCCCCGCGGCGCCGGCCGCUCCGCCCGCCCCGCCCGCCCCGUCCACCUCGACCAUCCCGGUGGGUGCGUUGGCACAGAAGAAGCGGCAGCAGUAUGCCAAAAGCAAGAAACAGGGCAGCAACGCCAAUAGCAGGCCACCGAGGGCCCUGUUCUGCCUCAACCUCAACAAUCCCAUACGCAGGGCCUGCAUCAGCCUGGUGGAGUGGAAGCCAUUUGAUAUCUUUAUACUAAUUGCUAUAUUUGCCAACUGUAUGGCCUUAGCUGUCUAUGUCCCUUUUCCCGAGGAUGAUUCCAACUCCACAAACCACGACCUGGAGACAGUCGAGUAUGCCUUCCUCAUCAUUUUCACAAUUGAGACAUUUCUGAAGAUAAUCGCUUACGGUUUGGUGAUGCAUCAAAACGCCUACGUGCGAAACGGUUGGAACAUGCUGGAUUUCGUCAUUGUCGUCAUUGGCCUCUUCAGUGUCGUCUUGGAGAUUCUGACCAAAGAUGAGAAGGCGGAUGGCGAAGGAGAGGAACCCCUCCCAUCCAUGCACGGGCACGGCGGCAAACCUGGUGGAUUUGACGUGAAAGCCCUUCGAGCCUUCCGUGUGCUGCGUCCCCUGCGGCUGGUCUCAGGAGUACCCAGUUUACAAGUGGUGUUGAACUCCAUCAUUAAAGCCAUGGUCCCUCUUCUUCAUAUUGCCCUCCUGGUUUUGUUCGUUAUCAUCAUCUAUGCGAUUAUUGGCCUGGAGCUUUUCAUCGGUAAAAUGCACGCAACCUGCUACCUUCCUGGCACAGACAUGAUAGCAGAGGAGGAUGCUGCUCCAUGUGCGAUCUCAGGUCACGGGCGGCAAUGCCCCAUUAAUGGCACCGAAUGCAGAGAAGGCUGGCAAGGCCCCAAUGGCGGCAUCACCAACUUUGACAACUUCCUAUUUGCCAUGUUGACGGUGUUUCAGUGCAUCACCAUGGAGGGUUGGACGGAUGUGCUCUAUUGGAUGAACGACGCUAUGGGCUUUGAGCUUCCAUGGGUGUACUUUGUCAGUCUCGUGAUCUUCGGCUCUUUUUUCGUUCUUAACCUGGUUUUGGGUGUGUUGAGCGGAGAGUUCUCCAAAGAGAGAGAAAAGGCCAAAGCUCGCGGAGACUUCCAGAAGCUGCGUGAGAAACAGCAGCUGGAAGAAGACCUUAAAGGUUACUUGGACUGGAUCACUCAAGCUGAAGAUAUCGACCCUGACAAUGAGGACGAGGCAGACGAGGAGUGUAAACGCAACCGGGUGACUCUGGCUGACCUCACUGAGAAGAAGAAAGGAAGGUUUGGGUGGUUCAGCCAGUCGUCCGACACUCAUGCAAGCGUUCCGGCCAGCGAAACCGAAUCUGUGAACACAGAGAACCAAAAUGGGGAGGAUGAAAAGACGCCAUGUUGCGGACCUCUUUGUCAAAAAAUCUCAAAGUCAAAGUUCAGUCGGCGCUGGCGCCGCUGGAACAGGUUCUGCCGCAGAAAGUGCCGGUUGGCUGUCAAAUCGGUGCCUUUCUAUUGGCUGGUCAUCAUCCUGGUUUUCCUCAACACCCUCACCAUAUCAUCAGAGCACUACAACCAACCUUUGUGGCUGACACAAGUGCAGGAUGUGGCCAACAAGGUGCUGCUAGCCUUGUUCACUUGUGAGAUGUUGGUGAAGAUGUACAGUCUCGGCCUGCAGGCCUACUUUGUUUCCCUCUUCAACCGCUUCGACUGCUUUGUGGUGUGCGGCGGGAUCACCGAGACCAUCCUGGUGGAACUGGAGAUCAUGUCGCCUCUCGGGAUCUCCGUGUUCCGCUGCGUGCGCCUGCUGAGGAUUUUCAAGGUCACACGCCACUGGCAGUCACUCAGCAACUUGGUGGCUUCGCUCCUCAACUCCAUGAAGUCCAUCGCUUCCCUACUGCUGCUGCUCUUCCUCUUCAUCAUCAUCUUCUCCCUGCUGGGAAUGCAGGUGUUUGGCGGGAAGUUCAACUUUGACGAGACCCAAACCAAGAGGAGCACCUUUGACAAUUUUCCACAAGCGCUACUUACCGUCUUUCAGAUCUUGACUGGAGAAGACUGGAACGCUGUCAUGUAUGAUGGCAUCAUGGCGUAUGGAGGCCCUUCCUCUUCUGGGAUGAUUUUAUGCUUUUACUUCAUCAUCCUCUUCAUUUGCGGAAACUACAUCCUCCUGAAUGUCUUCUUGGCCAUUGCUGUGGACAACUUGGCAGAUGCAGAGUCUCUCAACACAGAUGAAGGAGAUAAGAAAGGGGACAAAAAGGGCGAGAAAGAUGACAAGGAUGAAGAGGAGGACAAUGACGACACGGCGGCGGAGGACGAAGAUCCAGAAGUCCCAGCGGGACCUCGGCCGGCCAUCUCCGACCUGGUCAAGAAAGAGAAGAUUACUCCGAUCCCAGAGGGAAGUGCCUUUUUUAUCUUCAGCAACACGAACCCAUUUCGUGUGUUUUGCCACAAGCUCAUCAAUCACCACAUCUUUACCAACCUCAUCCUGGUGUUCAUCAUGCUCAGCUCCGUCUCGCUCGCCGCAGAGGAUCCCAUCCGAAACUUCUCCGCUCGUAAUAUUAUACUUGGUUACUUUGACUAUGCUUUCACGGCUAUCUUUACUGUUGAGAUCGUUUUGAAGGUCCUAGGCUAUGCAGAUUAUGUCUUCACUAGUAUGUUUACAUUUGAGAUCAUAUUAAAGAUGACGACAUACGGAGCUUUUCUCCAUAAAGGAGCUUUCUGCAGGAAUUACUUCAACCUCCUCGACUUGUUAGUCGUGGGGGUGUCUUUAGUCUCCUUUGGCAUACAGUCAUCCGCCAUCUCAGUGGUGAAGAUUCUCAGGGUCCUUCGUGUCCUGAGACCCUUGAGAGCCAUCAAUCGAGCCAAAGGCCUGAAACACGUGGUGCAGUGUGUGUUUGUGGCCAUCAGAACCAUCGGCAACAUCAUGAUUGUCACCACUCUUCUCCAGUUUAUGUUUGCCUGCAUAGGAGUGCAGCUCUUCAAGGGAAAGUUCUAUCGCUGCACAGAUGAAGCCAAGUCUAGUCCAGAGGAGUGCAAAGGCACGUACAUCCUUUAUAAGGACGGCGACGUGAACCAGCCCACCAUCCACAAACGAGUGUGGCACAACAGCGACUUCAAUUUUGACAACGUGCUUAUGGCCAUGAUGGCUCUCUUCACUGUGUCGACUUUUGAAGGCUGGCCAGCGUUACUCUACAAGGCAAUCGACUCCAACAGGGAGAACCUGGGGCCCAUUUACAACUACCGCGUGGAGAUUUCCAUCUUCUUCAUCAUCUACAUCAUCAUCAUCGCCUUCUUCAUGAUGAACAUCUUUGUAGGUUUUGUGAUCGUCACGUUUCAGGAGCAAGGAGAGAAGGAGUACAAAAACUGUGAGCUUGACAAGAACCAGCGUCAAUGCGUGGAGUACGCCCUGAAGGCCCGUCCUUUGAGGAGGUACAUCCCCAAGAACCCAUAUCAGUACAAGUUCUGGUAUGUGGUCAACUCCACAGGCUUUGAGUACAUCAUGUUUGUGCUCAUCAUGCUAAACACACUCUGCUUGGCCGUACAGCACUACGGCCAGUCGGCGCUCUUUAACUAUGUCAUGGACAUCCUCAACAUGGUCUUCACUGCUGUUUUCACUGUGGAAAUGGUUCUCAAGCUCAUUGCUUUUAAACCCAGGCACUAUUUCGCUGAUGCUUGGAACACAUUUGAUGCCUUAAUUGUCGUCGGUAGCGUCGUCGAUAUUGCGAUCACUGAAGUGAACAACACGGAAGACAGCGCCCGCAUCUCCAUCACUUUCUUCCGUCUCUUCCGAGUCAUGCGGCUCGUCAAGCUGCUCAGCAGAGGGGAGGGCAUCCGCACUCUUCUUUGGACCUUCAUCAAAUCCUUCCAGGCUCUGCCAUACGUUGCUCUUCUGAUAGCUAUGCUGUUCUUCAUCUAUGCUGUCAUCGGGAUGCAGGUGUUUGGGAAAAUCGCCAUGGUGGAUGGCACGCACAUCAACAGAAACAAUAACUUCCAGACCUUCCCUCAAGCCGUGCUCCUCCUCUUCAGAUGUGCCACUGGAGAGGCGUGGCAAGAGAUCAUGUUGGCCUGCAUGCCGGGGAAACUGUGUGACCCCGAGUCGGACUACAACCCCGGGGAGGAGAUGACAUGUGGCAGUGGAUUUGCAAUCAUUUACUUCAUCACCUUCUACAUGCUCUGCGCCUUUUUGAUUAUCAAUUUGUUUGUGGCCGUCAUCAUGGACAACUUUGACUAUUUGACACGGGAUUGGUCCAUUCUUGGUCCACAUCACCUGGAUGAAUUCAAGAGAAUUUGGUCCGAGUACGACCCGGAGGCUAAGGGAAGAAUCAAACAUCUAGACGUGGUAACACUUCUUCGUCGAAUCCAGCCUCCUCUUGGCUUUGGUAAACUGUGUCCUCAUCGAGUGGCUUGCAAGAGACUGGUGGCCAUGAAUAUGCCUCUCAACAGUGAUGGCACAGUCAUGUUUAAUGCUACUCUUUUUGCACUGGUGCGAACAGCCCUGAAGAUAAAAACCGAAGGUAAUCUGGAGCAGGCCAAUGAGGAGCUUCGAGCCGUCAUCAAAAAAAUCUGGAAGAGAACCAGCAUGAAGCUGCUGGAUCAAGUGGUGCCGCCUGCUGGUGAUGAUGAGGUAACGGUGGGGAAGUUCUAUGCCACCUUCCUGAUACAGGACUACUUUAGGAAAUUCAAGAAACGUAAAGAGGAAGGCCUGGUGGGUGCACACCCGUCCCAGAACAGCACAGCUAUCGCACUGCAGGCCGGCCUCCGCACUCUCCAUGAUAUUGGGCCCGAAAUUCGCCGAGCGAUAUCAUGUGACCUGCAAGAUGAUGAACUAAUAGACUUUAUACCAGAGGAAGACGAGGAAAUAUAUAGGCGUAACGGAGGACUAUUUGGCAACCACCUGAUGAACGGAGGUCACCGGCGAUCCGACGGCCACCAGACCAACGCCACGCAGCGGCCGCUGCAGGUGCAACCGCCGCCUCACUACGCUCACAUGGAGCAACCGGUGGGCCGGCUGUCUCGAGCCAACGCCAUGUCCCACCCCAACCACCGUCACCACCACCACCAUCACCGCCACCGUCAUCACAACAACUCCUACGGCAAGUCGCCCAAAUCCACCAACAUCAACCUCAACAAUGCCAACAAGUCCGGUUUACCCAACGGGGGGCACCACCGCUACUAUGAACACGCCCCUCCCAAUGGCUACCCGGGUCAUCGCGGCUCCUACUAUGAUUAUGAAAAGGGCCGGACGCCACAAUCUCAAAGAAGGCGCUACUAUGAGACCUAUGUUAGGUCCAAUGGUGGGGAUAGACGCCACCCCACCAUAUGCAGAGAAGAGGAGGUGGAUGAAGAUCGUUUGUCUGGCGAGUAUUUCAGCGGAGAAGAGUUUUAUGAAGAUGACAGCAUGCUCUCGGGGGACAGGUACCAGAACAGCGAUACAGAGUACGAGACUCCCAAAGGCUACCAUCAUCCCGACAGUUAUUAUGACGAUGAUGAGCAGCCCCUCUACCACGACUCGAGGAGAUCACCAAAAAGACGUUUGCUCCCUGCCACACCUGAAGCUUUGCAUGGUCACAGGAGGCCGUCUUUCAACUUUGAGUGUCUGCGCCGGCAGGGUAGCCACGAUGAGCUUCCACAUCAACGUACCGCUCUACCACUGCACCUUAUGCAGCACCAGGUGAUGGCCGUAGCAGGCCUGGACUCCAGCAGAGCCCACCGCCUCUCCCCAACACGCUCCACCCGCUCCUGGGCCACGCCCCCUGCCACCCCGGCCAGUAAAGACCAGUCACCGUACUACACCCCCCUCAUCCGUGUCGACCACCCGCACAGGGAUAGCACCGCCAGCAGCCACGUAUCGGUGCGCAAAAGCUCCUGGUACUCGGAUGACCCCGAGUUCACGCAGAGGACGUACUCGCCCAUUCACCUGCAGGUGCCGCCCGAGUACCACAGCCAGUACCACCAGAAGCGAGGAAGCGCCACCAGCCUCGUUGAAGCCGUUUUGAUAUCAGAAGGCCUCGGAAGGUACGCCAUGGAUCCCAAGUUUGUCGCCGCCACCAAGCACGAGAUAGCGGACGCCUGCGAGAUGACGAUAGAUGAGAUGGAGAGCGCGGCCAGCCACCUGCUGAACGGGGGCAUGGCGCCGGUGAUCAACGGGGUCAACGUCUUUCCUCUUCUGACCGCGGGGGGCUUUGAGAUGCCGGACCCGGCGGCCAGCUACAGCGAUGACGAACCCGAAGCGGAACCCAGGCCCUCCUAUGAGGAGGACCUGGCUGACGAGAUGAUUUGCAUCACAACUUUAUAGCGGUAAAGGACCCUUGCCCGACUACCAACAGUGAAAAGUGCCUUUACACUGAACAGAAAGGCAAAGAGAAGAGAGAGACCCACACACAUAAGUCGCGAAAGAAAACCUCUCUCGCUGCCAGCAAAGGACGUCACAGCACGGAGCCCUGCGGAGCACACGGGGGCCAUUCUGACCUUCCUGUCAAAGGGCUUGACCUGGGGGUCCGGGCAGAGACCAUCCAGGAUAAGUGGCGUGGACGUGCCAUGCUCUUUGGGGGCUGGCGUGUUAGGGUGAUGACAAUCAGAUGUAUGAUGUCAUUACCUCGGUCACUUUAUUCAAGGUUUGGCAUAUCAUGCAAGUUUUCAAUGCAAAGCAUAGAAAGGCAUAUCUUAUAUACCCCCCCCACCACCCUCCCCUAGGCCCCUGCUUUCGUCUGAUUUGAUCCCUUUGUCCCGUAGUAGUGUCGCGGCCGAGUCACACAACAAAAGUUGCGGAAACCAAAAUAUGCAGAAGCGUUACUUUUGAGACAUCUAUAAAGAAUUUGAGAUGCAGGUUAUUUCAAACAGUAGAAUAGCCUGGUUAAUAUUUCUUAGUUGAGAUUCUGUAAAUUGUAUUCUAUAAUAUGAGACACUUUGUAAAGAGAUCUUCUAUAUUUUGUAAUUAUGUAUGAUUUCACUGAUCAGCAAUAUGGACCAUGUGCUAUAAAAUCCGACAACCGUUUAUUAGCUACCAUUUGCUGCGUUUCAUUUGCCUUUUAUGUUCCGUGCGAUUACAUAGCCUUUAUUUUUGUCUGCAUUUUAAUUUUGCCUUUGGUCACAGUGGUGGAGAUUUCGUGACCAACAUUAACUGCACAAGUCGAGCCAACACUUCUGAUGAUCUUAGCACAAGUGUGGUACUCACUAUAAAAAAAAAAAAGCCCCUUCUUUAAAUGGGGCUCGCCCCGUGGCCCCCGUGCUGGCACGUCUUUAUUUAUAAUGAAAUCGAUGCUGCUUUUCUUCAAAAUCUUCUUUGGGUUGCUCCUGAUUAAAAUGCCUUUUUUUUUUUUUGCUGCUGCUGAAGGAAGACAAAAGAUGGAUGGUAGGGCAAAAAUAAUGGAGGUCUUAUUGAUUAGCGAUCAAAGCUGGUGCUGGGGGUUUGGUUAAUGAUUGAUGCGUCCUUGAAGACUUUCUGUGAAAUCUCAUGUUGAGCGUGUGAGGCCCGCAUCCACUUUGGUGGCAGGAGUCGGCCAAGUGGAGAGGCUAAAGCAAUACAAGAAGACCCCCCCCCUCCCCUACUUGACCCCCACCCCUCUCUCUGUCUACCUGGCGUCUCGUAUACCUCUUUUGGCAAAGGUGACAACAUAUCAUCGUCUCAGUGUAUCUGUGUCGCGGUGUUCCGCAGAGGAGUCUUAAACAGGGUUUAACUAUGGAUGUGCUUGUAUCUAAUAAUGUGACAAAAGGCUGAAACUGGAUGGCCACGAGUUAACUUCAUUUACAGUCGACUUAAGAGCUGAAUUAAGAACAUUGGAGGUUCACGUGAUCCGUUGUACAUGUUUGGUCCGUCGGCGUGUGCGUGCUUGUACGCUACUUACAACAAUGUAGAUUUUCCAUUUUGUGUGCACAUUGAAAGGGCUCUUUGAAAUGUUUGUGCGUUUAAAGAAAAUAUAAUAAAAAAAACUUAUGUGUUCUAGUCCUUUUGCAGAUGACAAAAGGAAUGCACAUAACUGGCACAUUGUACUAUUGGUAGCAAUUGAUGAACUGAAAAUAUGCAUUAUUUUUUAAACACUUUAAAAUAUUGAGUUAAUCUAAAGAUGAAAAGAACUUACUUUUACCUCAAGUCAGGGAUUCCUGAAAAAAAGAGUAAAUAGUAACUUGGUUGAGUCUUAAAUAUUAGCACAUAGCUGUUUGUCUUUGCACAAGUACGUGUAUUGUGCUUCUGUUUCUCCUUUUUCUAAAACUGAUUUGUGUAUUAAGGUGAGACAAUUUUGUACUUUUUUGUGACUGUGUGUAUGGUUUAGUGGAAUCUAUAUUUGUCAUUCACACCUCAUCUUACAAUGCU